AUGUGUCGGAGGAAACACCUGUGUUCAGAGGUGCUGAGGGACCCGGUCUCCAUUCCCUGUGGACACAGUUACUGCAGGCAGUGCAUCAGCACAUACUGGGCCCAGCCCGGCCCUGCAGGAGACUAUGUGUGUCCCCAGUGCAGUAAGAGAUCCAGAGCCCGGCCUGUGCUCAUCACUAACACAGCCUUGGUCAGGGUCCUCCAGGGGCUCCAGCAGGCAGGCUUCAGUCCUGCCCUCCCUGCUCUGGGCUACGCUGGGCCUGGGGACGUGGCCUGUGAUAUCUGCUCUGGACAGAAGCUCAGAGCGGUCAAGUCCUGUCUGACCUGCACUGUCUCCUACUGUGAGAGCCACGUCAGGCAGCACUACACCAUCCCAGCACUACAGAGACACACCCUGGCUGAGGUCACUGGAGGCGGGGGACACAAAGACCACCAUGGCAACGCUGGACAGACAGAGAGCAUCAAAGAGGAGGGGGCUAUGGAGAGUGAGCAUGGUACUGAGGAAGAGAACUCUGAGCUGAAGAACAUCCAGUUAAAGGAGGGGAACUCCAAACUCAAACAUGACAUCAAAUAUGAGCUGGGUAAUAUCAAUGUUGCACUGAAACAAUAG